UGUCACUGAAAGGAAUACUUGCUGAAGACACCACAGACAUGGAUACUGCAGGACAAGUGAUCAAAUGUAAGGCGGCUAUUGCAUGGGGAGAUCACAAACCACUUACAAUUGAGGAAAUUGAAGUCGCUCCCCCAAAAGCUAAUGAAGUCAGAAUUAAGAUUCUGGCAUCUGGUAUCUGUGGCACUGACACUGCUGCACUCAAAGGUAAACUUGGUACUAAAUUUCCAGCUAUUUUGGGUCAUGAAGCCAUUGGCAUCGUUGAAAGCAUUGGUAACUGUGUGACUACUGUUCAACCAGGUGACAAAGUAAUCCCACUCUGUAUGCCUCAAUGUGGACAAUGCAGAGCAUGCAAGAGUCCAAAUGCUAACCUGUGUGACAAAAAUGACUUUACUAACAACACAGGGCUGAUGCAAGACAAUACCAGCAGAUUUACAUGCAAAGGCAAACAAGUCUAUCAUUUUGUGGGCACAAGUACUUUCACAGAAUACACUGUUGUUUCUGAAAUAAGUGUUGCCAAAGUGGACCCUGCUGCUCCUCUUGAGGUCUGCAUUGUUGGCUGUGGCUUUGCUACUGGAUAUGGUGCAGCAGUGAAUUCUAAGAUUCCUCCAGGAUCUACAUGUGCUGUGUUUGGUUUAGGAGGUGUGGGGUUUUCAGCUUUGAUUGGCUGCAAAAUCUCUGGUGCAGGUCGGAUUAUUGGAGUUGGCUCACAUAAGGAUAAAUUCCCAAAAGCCAUAGAGUUGGGAGCCACCGAGUGCAUAAGCCCAAAGGAUAAUGACAAACCAGUAGAAGAGGUCAUUAGAGACAUGACUAAUGGCGGAGUGGAUUUUGCCUUUGAAUGUAGUGGAAAUAUUGAAACAAUGAAAACUGCAUUUGAAUCGACUUACAUAGGUAGUGGUGUCACUGUGUUGCUGGGAGUCGCAGGUCCGAAUGAUAAACUUUGUUUUCAUCCUGGUGAAGUCAUGAUGGGACGAACCAUAAAAGGAUUACCAUAUGGAGGAUUUAAGGGCAGGGAUGAUAUACCAAAGCUCAUUGGUGAUUAUAUGGCAAACAAAUUUAACCUUAAUUUCAUGGUGAGCGAAAGAAUGCCAUUGGAAAAAAUCAAUGAAGCAUUUGAAUUGAUGGCAAGUGGGAAAGGACUGCGGAACCUUAUCAUUUUCUAAUGCCAUUUCCAUUUUUCGUGUGAAGACCACUACGGUGUUGCAGCAUGACAUCCCAUUGAUUAUAAUUUUUUCAAUACUACAAACAGAUAAUACAAUGACUAAAUGGAAUAAUGAGUUUAUACUGCCAAUAAAAGAAAAUGUACUAAAUAUAA